CAUCAUGCCGCCGCCUCGCCGUGCCUUCGGCGGCGACUCCGAAUCGGGCUCGGACUCGGACGGCGGGCGCCGCUCGUCGCAUGCGCGCACCGAGGCCGUCGUUGGCUUCUCGUCGCGCGGCGCCCUCUCGGGCCGCCCGUCGCCGCCGCGCGCCGGACCUAAGACGGUGCCGCUGCAGGGCGACUCGGACUGGGUCGCGGCCCGCAAGCGCCGCCUCAACCUCGAGCGCCAUGCGGCCGAGCUUGGCAGCCUCACCUCCAUGCGCCGCCCGGGCCAGCUCGGCCCGGCACCGCCGCGCGAAGGCGCAGCCAGCAGCGCCGGUAGCACCCGCAUUGGCGACGAGCCGCAGCGCGUCGGCCUGGUAAAGCGGGCGCCGCGCAGUCCACCACGAACUCGCGAGGAAGAGGAGGAGCGCGAGAUCGAGGCGCUUCAGGCGGCUGCCGCUGCCGCCGCCGGUCCUGGCGACGCUACACCGCCUGCCUCUCGCUCAGGCCUCACGCCGCCUCCAGACCUCGAUGCCGAGGCGCGUGCUGCGCUUCUCUCGGGCGCCGGCAUCGAGUUCGCCGAGAGCGGCCCGGAGCGAGUCAUUGCCCUAGAUGAGGCUGCUGCGACGCGCGCAGACGUCGCCACGCGGCCCGACGUGCCGACGCUCGACGACUACAAGGCGAUGCCCGUGUCUGAGAUCGGCGCUGCAAUGCUGCGUGGCAUGGGCUGGCGCGAGGGUCAGGGCGGCGGCCGCAACCACCAAGGACCCAUUCAUGCGCCCGAGGUCAAGAAGCGUGCCGCGCUGCUCGGUCUCGGCGCCAAGGAGCGCAAGGUCGACGAUGCUGCGCCUGCACGAGGCAAGGGUAAGCCGCCGCCGCGUCCCGAUCGCAGAUACGUGCCAGUUGUGCAGCGCGGCGGACCCAGCGCAAGCGGUAGCUCAACACCGCAAGAGCGUGCAAUCGUCGACUCGCGCAGCUCCAGCCCUGGCUCGUCGCGCCGGCGCGAUGAGCGCAACGGCGAGCGCGACCGCUACCGCGACAAGGACCGCGAGUCGGACCGGUAUCGCGACAGAGACGACGGGAGGGACAGGGAGAAGGAGCGGGACCGGCGGCGGGCAGAAGACGAUGGCAGGGACAGACGACGGGACGGCGAACGCGAGCGCCAUCGAGAGCGCGAGCGCGACGACGGCCGUUCUGGGCGCUCGGAGCGCGACCGUGUCCGCGAGCGCUCGCCGCGCUCGGAUCGCGACGGCGACUCAAAGCGGCGCCGGCACGAGGACGACUACUCGCGCCGCGAUCGCGACGAGCGCUAUCGCCGGGAAGGCAGCUCGCGCGAUAACGGCGAGCGUAGGGAACGAGAGUCUGGCAGCCGCUACGAGCGCGACGACCGCGGCGAGAGCAGCCGGCGGCACGCAUAGAGCGCAGCGAAUGACACACCUGCGCAUCCGCGACACUCGACGUUGCAGAUGUCCUAGAUUUGCCGGCUGCUUUGCAGGUGAAGGAACGGAGGGUGCUAGAGUACAGGGAGGCAGCGCAGUGCAGAGGUUCGGACGGGAAGCAUGGGGUGCGGACGGCCUGCGAGGCCGGGCGCAACUUUGUCGCGCUGUUGAGCUCUUCACUUGCGCUUCUUUGCGGGCGUCCGGCCCUUGGCGCGCUUGCUGGACGCAUCAUCAUCCUCGUCGUCCUCCACCUUGCGCUUUGAGCCGCCGUCGGCGAGCUUGCCGCCAGGCUCCAGGUAGCCCGCGGCGCCAGCGUCGGCGAUGCAGUCGGGGCAGUGCCACUCGCCCUCGGGCACCUCGCUGAGCGGCGGCUCGAGGCACGCCAGGUGCCGCGGGUUCUCGCACUUCUCGCACUCGAGCAGCGCAUCUUCUGGCCCGCGCGCAGACUCCUCGCGGC